AUGCCUUACCUCCACGGGGCCGCGGGGCCACAGGCACAUCCGGUCCCCAAGGAUGCCCGGACCACUCACUCCUCGGGCCAGAGCUUCGAGCAGCUGAGGCAGGGGUGCCUGCAGGCGGGCAGGCUGUUCGAGGACAUGGACUUCCCCGCGGACAACACCUCCCUGUUCUACAGCGAGAGGCCCCCGGUCCCCUUUGUGUGGAAACGGCCAGGGGAAAUCGUGGAGAAGCCCGAAUUCAUCCUCGGCGGGGCCACCAGGACUGACAUCUGUCAGGGGGAGCUGGGGGACUGCUGGCUGCUGGCUGCCAUCGCCUCCCUCACGCUCAAUGAGAAAGCGCUGGCCAGAGUGGUUCCCCAGGACCAGAGCUUCGGCCCUGGCUAUGCUGGAAUAUUCCACUUCCAGUUCUGGCAGCACAGCGAGUGGCUGGACGUGGUGAUCGACGACCGCCUGCCCACCUUCCGGGGCCGUUUGGUCUUCCUGCACUCCGCUGACCACAACGAGUUCUGGAGCGCCUUGCUGGAGAAGGCCUACGCCAAGCUGAACGGGAGCUACGAGGCACUGAAGGGGGGCAGCACCGUGGAGGCCAUGGAAGACUUCACCGGGGGCGUGGCGGAGACCUUCCUGACGAGAGAGGCCCCGCAGGACUUCUACGCCAUCCUGGGGAAGGCCCUGAAGCGCGGCUCCCUGCUCGGCUGCUCCAUGGAUAUCAGAAAUGCUGCAGAAUCCGAAGCCCGGACACCUUUUGGUCUCAUCAAGGGUCAUGCCUACACCGUCACGGGGCUGGACCAGGUAGACGUCCGGGGCCAGAAAAUCGAGCUCAUCCGAGUCCGGAACCCCUGGGGCCAGGUGGAGUGGAACGGACCGUGGAGCGACAGCUCCCCGGAGUGGCAGUCUGUGGGCCUGGCCGACCAGAAGCGCCUGUGUCAUGCUGCUCUAGACGACGGGGAGUUCUGGAUGGCGUUCGAGGACUUCAGGGCCCACUUCGACAAGGUGGAGCUGUGCAACCUCACCCCCGACGCGCUGCAGGAGGACGCGCUGCACAGGUGGGAGGUGGCCGUGCAUCAGGGCAGCUGGGUCCGCGGCUCCACCGCCGGGGGCUGCCGCAACUUCCUGGAUACCUUCUGGACAAAUCCCCAGAUAAAACUGUCCCUGACUGAGAAGGACGAGGGGCAGGAGGGGUGCACUUUUCUAGUGGCCCUGAUGCAAAAAGACCGGAGGAAGCUCAAGAGAUUCGGUGCUGACAUGCUGACCAUAGGCUAUGCCAUCUACCAGAGCCCCGGCAGGGACGGACACCUGGACAAGGACUUCUUCAGGUACCAUGCCUCCCUGGCUAGAAGCAGGACGUUCAUCAACCUGAGAGAAGUCUCCGACCGCUUCCGGCUGCCCCCUGGGGAGUACGUUCUAGUUCCCAGCACCUUUGAGCCCCAUCAGGAGGCCGACUUCUGUCUGAGAAUCUUUUCGGAGAAGAAAGCCAUUAGCCGGGACCUGGAUGGCACCGUAGACAUCGACCUUCCUGAGCCCCCGCAGCCAACGCCACCUGAGCAGGAGACAGAGGAGGAGCAGCAGUUCCGGGCCCUGUUCCGUCGAGUGGCCGGAGAGGACAUGGAGGUGACAGCAGAGGAACUUGAAUAUGUUCUAAAUGCUGUGCUGCAGAAAAGAAAGGACCUCAAGUUCAAGAAGCUGAGCCUGAUCUCCUGCAGGAACAUCAUUUCUCUGAUGGACACCAGCGGCAACGGGAAGCUGGAGUUCAGUGAAUUCCGAGUGUUCUGGGACAAGCUGAAGCAGUGGAUCAACCUGUUCACUGAGUUCGACGUAGACAGGUCCGGCACCAUGUCGUCCUACGAGCUGCGGACCGCGCUCAGGGCUUCAGGCUUCCAGCUCAGCAGCCGCCUCCUGCAGCUGAUUGUCCUCAGGUACGCCGAUGAGGGACUUCAGCUGGACCUGGACGACUUCCUCAACUGCCUGGUCCGGCUGGAGAACGCAAGUCGGGUGUUCCAGGCCCUCCGCAUGAAGAACCAGGACUUCAUCCAUCUCAACAUAAACGAGUUCAUCAACCUGACCAUGAACAUUUGAGGCGGCCCUGGUGGUGCCCCACCUGCCCAGCGUCAGCUCUUGGACCGUGAGCUGCUGAGCUGCCCUGGUGGACGGCCUCGCCCUGGGCUCUCUCCUGCCCGCCCCGCACCCUGCUGCCUUGCAGAAUGAAGCCUCUGCUGCCCUCUCUGACUUUGUGCUGCUGCUUCGUAAGAUCACUGCCCUCCAGAGCGGCACCUCUGUGGCCUGGGUCAGGCUUGCUGGCACCUGCUCCUCCACGUCCCCUCCUCCCACUCCCAAGACGCCCUGGCACCCAGAGCCCUGGCUCCAGGGCGCCAGCACCGUGCCCCGGACACCCUGGCAGGCAGGGUUGUCUAGGUGUGUGGAUGCCUCUCGAGGGAAGCGCGGCUGUGGCCUCGUUUUCUGUAUGGCCAGUGCCUCCCUGGAGGGUGACGCCAGCUCACCCCACUCAGCCCACAGCGGGUCCUUGUGGAGAUGGCCCCCUUGCUGGGCGUGCUGUGAGACACUGUCCAUGCAGAAGCUCUCUGUGCCCAAAGCUUGGGGGCUGGAAAAGUUGGUGGCUAGGUUAUUUCUUCUGAGUCCCAUCCUGGUGGGACUCAGUCCUCCCUCCCCACCACAGACGACGAAGCCUGGCUGUGGCUCCCAACACGGGAGGGGAUCCCAGUGCCCUGGGAAAAUGGGAGGUAGCAGAGUGAGUUACUGACUUAAGGAACACAAGGCCACUUCCUCAACGGUGCCUGGGCAGAGGAGGAGGAAGGUGAGGCGUCAGGUGGGCCGAGAGGGAAGGGGAGAGCACAAGAUCAGGUCGGGGGCUCCGGCUGUGACGAGAGGUGCCACUGCCAACAGCAGAGUGGACAUGAUCAAAAGGAGAAAGGGACGACUUCAUGACAGCUAGAGUGUUGGAUGGAACCCGGGGCACUUAACCACUGAGCCACGUCCCCAGCCUUGUUAUUUUUUAUUUGGAGAUAGCGUAUGGUUAGGUUGCUUAGGGCCUCGCUGAGUUGCUGAGGCUGGCUUUGAACUGCGCUGAUCCUCCUGCCUCAGCCUCCUGAGUCUCUGGGAUUACAGUGGUGGCCAACUCCACUCUUAAUUAUUAACAGGACAUUGGGCAGAAAGUCAGCGGGACGCAGGAGACCUCACCAGCCCACCAACCACUCGCCCUGAGGCGGUAGAGCACCUGCCCCCAGGCAGUGAGCACACGCUUUCAAGAGCACAGGGCUUCUCCAGCGAGGCCCAGAACUAUACACUCUAGGCCUCAAGCUAGUUGUGAUGUAUUUAAAAGAAUUUAGAUCAGCCGGAAUACAUUCCCAACCACUGAAUUCAAUUAGAAAUAGAAAAGAAAUGCCUAAAGAUCCAUGAGCUGAAGGGGAAAAAAAAAAAUCACAAUGAAGACUGGAAACAUUUUGAACUAAACACAACAAAAAUAAAACACAUCAAAUUUAAUAGGACAGGAUUGGAGUAGGACUCAGAGUAACAGAAAGUCCUCAAACCAACAGCAUAGGCUUCCAUCUUGAGAGAGAGGGAGAUUAAACCCAAGAGGGCGAAAGGAACAGACAAGAGGUCAGAGCAGAAAUCAACUGGAAAGCGGAACACAGGGGGCAGGCUGGGCUGGGCUCAGCGGUGGAGGCUUGCUUGGCACGUGUGAGGCACUGGGUUCGAGCCUCAGCACCACAUAAAGGUAAAUAAA